AUGGUUACUACUUCGUUACUUGUCGCUUUGGCGGCUCUGCCCUCCACCAUAUUGGCUCAGGUCAACACCACUUAUGUCGACUACAAUAUCGUCGCUCAUCCGGACCUGUCUCCCUUGAGCACCGAUUUGGUCGAUUUCUCUUUCCCAGAUUGUUCCAAAGGCCCAAUGAGCGAAAACCUAGUCUGCAAUAUCUCUGCCAGCCCCCAUGAUCGAGCCGCAGCACUCGUUUCCAUCUUUACCGUGGAAGAGCUCAUCAAUAGCACCGGCAACAGAAUCCCUGCAAUCCCUCGCUUGGGUCUUCCACCCUAUCAAAUCUGGAAUGAAGCACUUCAUGGCCUGUACCUCGCUAAUUUCACGGAGUCGGGGGCAUACAGCUGGUCCUCCUCAUUCCCAUCACCAAUUCUGACCAUGGCCGCCCUGAACCGAACUCUGAUCAAUCAGAUUGGCCAGAUUAUUGCUACCCAAGGCCGCGCGUUUAACAACGCUGGACGAUAUGGUCUGAAUGCUUGGUCGCCGAACAUCAAUGCCUUUAGACACCCAGUCUGGGGCCGUGGACAGGAAACGCCUGGCGAGGACGCCAACUGUUUGUGUGCAGCAUACGCAUAUGAAUACAUCACCGGGCUACAGGGAGAUCCGAACCAUCCCAAAAUCAUUUCUACAGCAAAGCACUAUGCAGGUUACGAUAUUGAGAAUUGGCACCAGCAUUCCCGCUUCGGUAAUGACAUGAACAUAACCCAGCAAGAUCUGUCUGAGUAUUUCACCCCACAGUUUGUCACUGCUGUUCGGGAUGCAAAGGUACGCAGCGUGAUGCCAUCUUACAAUGCGGUCAACGGUGUUCCUAGCGCGGUCAACUCUUUCCUUCUACAAACUCUCGUCCGUGACUCCUGGGGAUUUAUCGAGGAUGGGUUCAUGCCAUCUGAUUGCGAUGCGGUUUACAACGUCUUUAAUCCUCAUGGGUAUGCAGCCAAUUUGACUAGCGCAUCAGCAGACUCCUUACGCGCCGGGACAGAUAUCGACUGUGGAAUCUCUUAUCAAAACACCCUCAUGGAGGCACUGAACGAGGGCGAGAUCUCUCCCAGCGAGAUCGAGCGUGCAGUGACCCGGUUUUACUCGAACCUUGUAAGCGCUGGCUAUUUUGAUGGACCCGACGCUCUGUACCGCGACCUAGAAUGGUCUGAUGUCGUCACCACGGACUCCUGGAAUAUCGCGUACGAAGCUGCAGUGGAAGGCAUCGUUCUGCUCAAGAAUGACGGCACUCUUCCACUGUCGCAGAACGUGAAGCGCGUUGCCCUAAUCGGGCCAUGGGCUAACGCGACCACGCAAAUGCAGGGGAACUAUCACGGUGUCGCUCCCUAUCUCAUCAGCCCACUCGAUGCAUUACAAGCAUCUAAUUUGACCGUCAACUACGCCUUUGGGACCAACAUCUCUUCCAACUCCACUGACAACUUCGCCGCUGCAUUCACUGCAGCCAAACAAUCCGAUAUUAUCGUCUUCGCUGGCGGAAUCGACAACACUCUCGAAGCCGAAGAGCUAGACCGAGACAACAUUACCUGGCCCGGGAACCAGCUCGAGCUGAUACAUCAACUAAGCAAUCUCAACAAGCCGCUAAUUGUCCUCCAAAUGGGCGGCGGCCAAGUCGACUCUUCAUCCUUAAAAACCAGCAACAACAUCAAUGCCAUCCUCUGGGGCGGCUACCCCGGCCAAUCCGGCGGCCAGGCCCUAAUAGAUAUCAUCACUGGAACCCGCGCCCCUGCCGGCCGACUAACCACAACCCAAUAUCCCGCCGAAUAUGCCCUACAAUUUCCAGCGAUCGACAUGAACUUGCGUCCCCACGGCGACAACCCGGGCCAAACCUACAUGUGGUACACCGGCAAACCAGUCUACGACUUCGGACACGGUCUCUUCUACACCACAUUCGAGACAUCCCUUUCCCCGAGCCUCAAGAACAUGGCCUCCUUCGAUAUUACUGAACUCCUAUCCAGACCACACGGCGGAUACAAUGUCGUCGAACAGCUCCCCUUCUCGAACUUCACCAUCAACAUCACAAAUACCGGGAACGUGGUGUCCGAUUACUCCGCUAUGCUCUUUGCAAACACAACAGCGGGUCCAAGUCCAUACCCUAAUAAAUGGCUCGUUGGGUUUGAUCGUAUCGGACCGGUGGAGCCACGUGCUACCAUGGAAAUGUCGAUUCCUGUGUCGUUGGAUAAUGUCGCUCGCACGGAUACAAGAGGUAACCGUAUCGUUUAUCCGGGGAAGUAUGAGCUCGCGUUGAAUAAUGAGCGAUCGGUGGUACUGCAAUUCACUUUGACGGGCAAUGCAACUACGGUUGCUGAGUGGCCGCUGGAUGAGCAGUAGAUUUGUCUCCAUUGGUCAGUGUUUUGAAAUAGGUUUAUCGCAUGAAUUAUGACAACUAACCACUCAGUCAAAAGGACAUGCCCUCAACCAGAUCAAUCCCACAAAGUAAUUGAUUUGACAAAUAAAUCAAACACAAUAAGAAAUUAAAAAGCAGUAGUACCGUGCACAAUGCGCUUUAAACCUCUUACCAAAAUAACUCAGACAUAAUAA